GGGAUGAUUUCGAGAUCGCAUCGGACCGCCACAGGGAUGAGAGCGUUCGAGCGUUUUGCAAGGCUGCGGAGCGCCCAGUCAGGGCCAGACAUGUUGUUCGGUCGGUUCGCGUAAUAUCGCCAUUCGAACGGGACUGCGAAUCCUGGCGACGGCGGUCAGCCUGCACGCGUAAACCGCGUUCGUUCGUUCGUUGCGAAUCCUUCCGCGGGGGAGGGCAAACUUCCGGAAAUUCCGUUGCGCUCUGUGACCGGGCUGGUGAUUGUUUCCAAACAAAAAGGUUUCCCUCAGGCGGAUGCUGCGGAGAUAAAGGCUACACGUGUUUGACAGUUUCACUGGUUUAGGGAUGCUUUGGGCGCUUCUAGAGCCGGCCGGAGACAGUGACCGGUGUUGAAGGAGCAAGAGAUAAAAAAAAAGUUGCGUGAAUUCGCUGUGUUUUAUAUUCCCUCCGUUGGGAGUCGGUCAAAUAUUUCGGUGAACGUGCGAAUGAUUUGGAUGUUGAGGCAGUGCAAGGAGCAAGGGAGGUUUGGAGUUCGAAAGAGCCGUUGUUUUUCCCGCCACUCGGUGAAGUGAAACUUUUUAUUCAGUACAGUCACUUUGGGAAGUCAUCUGAUUAUUUAAUUUGGCUGUGGUCGUCGCAUGCCGUUGAGCCAGGAUAGAUGAGGAGACGGGAAACAGAAAAGUGAAAGAAUUUUACGCUGACAAGGAUGAGCCCAGCACAAGUUUUUUUGUUUUGCACCGGAAAUCCCUUCCGCUUCGUCGGCUGAGGGUUGAGUUUCGUGAGUACAAGUAGAUUCAGUGAGUGUGUGUGUGUGUGUUCGUGUGCGUGUGUACGUGUUUGUGUCUGUCCGGAUCCCGGUGCCAGCGGGAAGUGAAAAAGAACGUGACGAAAAUGUGAAUUUAAAUAUUUUACUGUCGAGUUUUUUUUUUCCGCCAAUGUGAUCGUUAAAUUCGGCGACGGCAUCGGAUUGGAAAACGAGACGAGGCUAAAGGCCACGAUGGGAAUACUCGAGGAGCAUCAUUAGCGAGCGCGGCGGCCGCGGAGAAGCUCACGCCUGCUACAUUUCGAAGCCAGUGUUCAACGUCGAGUGCAUCACCGAAUAGUUUAUCGUGCCGCGUGAAUUUCCCACAGAAGCGCCAAAGGCCCUCGUCUGCACUUGAAGUGUCCGCGAAUGCUCCAGAGCGCGAGCCAAAGUGUUGUUGCUUAGUGCUGAAAGGUCUCGAGCGGAAGAGUUUUCCUAUCUUCGGUGAAGACUAAAAAAAAUCGUUCUCCAUUAGUCAAAGAGCAGGCGACUGCAAAUGAAAGAGAGAGGGGGCGAAAGUGAAGUGGCUGAAAUUAAGUGCAGUGGGCUAGACAAACCUGACCGCUUUACGGCUGCUUUUUGCCAGUUUUUUUUUCUUCUCAUUCUUGUUUCGCCCUCAGAACGAGUCUCAGAGGCAAACAUAGUGAUUUAUUUAAUUUAUGUUCAUAUUUUGCCCGCAGGUCGGCUUCAGAUUUUCGCCGUUGGCCUUCCGCCUGAAUUGUGGUAGCUCCGACAAAUAAUUUUCAAAAGCCCGGGCGAAAGGAACGGAAUAGCGAAAAAAUUCCGCGCGGAUAGGCAGGAAGGCCCGGGAGGAGAAGGCGUGAAAAUAUAUCAUUAUUAAUGCCACUUUUUAUUUCGUCUAAUUUUUUACCGUUAUGUUCCCGGCUUAAUUCCUCCUCUGCCCCUUCGGCCGUCCCCAUAGCGCCCCGCACGGGAAGCAAUUGCGGAAACAUGAAACACACGCGAAGGAAGUUUUCUCUAAUGAGGGCAAUAAAUUGCCAGGACGAAGAACGCCCCUUUUAGAGCGCGUCCCCACUGAAAACAACCGACCAGCACUGACAUCUUCGUAACGAGGCCACAAUGAGUGAGAAGAAGAAGCAAGUAUAAACGGACCGAAAACAAAGCGAAGAAAGCCAAAUUAAUAACGACGAAAUCAAAUAAAACGACUCGCGGAAGCACUCGCUGCGAGGGAAAAGACAGAGAGAAAUUAAAUACACUGAACAAUGAGCAGCAGAAAAACCUUUCGAAACAGGACACUUUCGAGUCGCAGGGUGGCCACAUUGACGCGGGCCACGCUGAUAGCCCUUUCGCUGAUGUAUACCGUGGCGGACUCCUCGGCGGCGUUGAAUGGCAUCCAACAGAGCAGCGGAAGUAGCGGCGGAGGCGCCCGGGAUAAGCCCGAAAGGGUACAUCAUUACGGAGGCCUCACGUCAUCAUCCGGAUUAUCCCCAUCAUCAUCAUCCUCGUCCUCGUCCUCGUUGGUGGCCGGUAAUGGCAGCGCGGAAAAGCCCUACUUCGAGGACAUCAACUCGCGCAACGUAACGACCGUUGUGGACGAUACGGCCGUCCUCAAAUGCCGCGUCAAGUACAAAGGCGACCGGACGGUUUCAUGGAUGCGCAAACGAGACCUCCACAUACUGACGUCCAACAUUUACACCUAUACCGGAGAUCAGCGCUUCUCGGUAAUCCAUCCUCCCGACUCGGACGACUGGGACCUGAAAAUUUCGUACGCUCAGCAGAAGGACAGCGGCAUCUACGAGUGUCAGGUCAACACCGAGCCCAAGAUCAACCUUGCCGUCUAUCUGACCGUGUCAGAGGAACGAGACUUCGUCCAAGCAUCGGGAGGCAAGCACUUUAUCGGCACCGCUGGACUAGAUUCUCUCUCAACAGCCGUCCGGGCCAAGAUCACCGGCUCCCAGGAGGUGUACGUGAAGAAGGGCAGCACCAUCUCGCUGUCCUGCGUGGUCAACGUGCACGCGUCCUCCAUCUCGUGGUACCAUGGCUCGGCAGUGGUGGACUUUGACUCAGCUCGCGGAGGCAUCAGCUUGGAGACGGAAAAAACGGAAGGCGGUACGAGCAGCCGACUGAUGCUGACACGAGCCACCCUGAAGGACUCGGGCAACUACACGUGCGUUCCAACGGGAGCCAUCGCUGCCAGCGUUCAGGUGCACGUUCUAAACGGUGAACAUCCGGCUGCGAUGCAAACCAGCGCGGGUGCGGUGGUGGUGCUCUUCUGUCCUACACGAUACAUGCUUGUUUUUAUACUUGUGUCACUAAAUAGUUGUAAUUUAAGUAAACUAAUUCACUUCAUAUCAAGCUUGUUCGAGGCGGCACGUUUCGCACUAGCGUCAGCGGUAGUCAGUCUUCUCACUCGGAUCCGUCGUCCUGUCAUUUCCUCCAUCGACAGCAGCAGCAGCAGCAGCAAGAGCUGUUGUUGUAGCGAAAGCUGCAACCACCAAUCAGUUUCUUCCCUCUAUCACCCCAACAUCAGCAUCCAGAGUCUGAACAGCCCGCCCACACUAUCCCAGCGAAGAUGAUCCCCACGCUAGCGGCAGAAUUCUAUCCCGAAUCCUACUUCAUCUCCAUUUUCACCAUCAUCAUCCCACACGUCAACGACCUUUGUCGUAUCUGUGAAUAAUAGAAAUAAAUAAGCAAGCAGCACGAGAACAGAAAUAGAACACAAUGAUUAGCAGUGAGGUAUGAUCUCAUCAACAGCUGGAUGCUGUAGUAACUGUAGUUAAAAGCAUUUUCUACUUCUACUCCUCCCAAGAGGGAAACGGAUCCGUCGUGUGAGGGCUGGAAGAUGGUAUUUGCGUUCGUUGCCGAAGGGGGAGAUGCUUUCGAUUGAUUUAUUUCCGACUACGGAAUAAUUGCAAUGAAUUCUUGUUACGACAGACACUGAGUGGACUGAUUGGAUCCCCCCCCCCCUCAAUCUCGGAUUCCUAUGGGCAACGCAAUCAGAAAAUGCUUUACCAUCUUCCACGCCCCUCGAAGACACUGCCUCUUCGCGAGAAUAUAAAUUUACUCAAUAAGACAGACCAUCAUCAAAUAAACAACAAACCAAUAAAUACCAAACACUGUUACGUCACUGUCUUUUCGAGCGAAUUGUAAAUGUGUGAGUGUGUUAUGUUUCUACCCAAAAUGGAAAUCGAAUAAAAUCUAGUAAUAGGGAAAAAAACAAAA